GUGCAUCUAAUUAACAUUCUAAUACUACUUAUCCCAAUUCUAAUCGCAAUAGCCUUUCUUACCCUAGUAGAACGAAAAAUCUUAGGAUAUAUACAACUACGAAAAGGCCCUAACAUCGUUGGCCCAUAUGGCAUCCUCCAACCAUUUGCCGACGCUAUAAAACUAUUUAUUAAAGAACCUUUACGUCCUUUAGCCACCUCAACAUCCCUAUUUAUUAUUGCCCCCACACUAUCACUUAUACUUGCAUUUAGCCUAUGAAUUCCUCUACCCAUACCUCACCCUUUAAUUAAUAUAAAUAUAGGCAUAUUAUUUAUCUUAGCUAUCUCCAGCCUAUCCGUAUAUUCUAUCUUAUGGUCAGGCUGAGCCUCUAAUUCAAAAUAUUCUAUAUUUGGAGCCUUACGUGCAAUCGCACAAACAAUCUCCUACGAAGUAACUAUAGCAAUCAUCUUACUAUCAGUCCUUCUAAUAAAUGGCUCAUUUUCCUUACAAUUCCUUAUUACUACACAAGAGCACACAUGACUCUUACUUAUAUCCUGACCCUUAGCUAUAAUAUGAUUUAUCUCAACCCUAGCAGAAACCAAUCGAGCACCCUUUGAUUUAACCGAAGGUGAAUCUGAACUAGUUUCAGGGUUUAAUGUAGAGUAUGCCGCAGGACCAUUCGCCCUAUUCUUUAUAGCUGAGUACACUAAUAUUAUUCUAAUAAAUGCUCUAUCAACAAUUGUAUUCUUAGGACCAAUCCAUAGCCUAUAUCUACCACAUGUUUAUACAACCGACUUUAUAAUCAAAACAUUGAUACUAACUUCCUUAUUUUUAUGAAUUCGAGCAUCUUACCCACGAUUUCGCUAUGAUCAACUUAUACACCUCCUCUGAAAAAACUUCUUACCCCUGACACUAGCUUUAUGUACAUGACACAUUUCAAUUCCUAUCUUCAUAGCAAGUAUUCCACCCUACACUU